AUGCCUGGGGAAGAAAUGGAGAUAACAACCGAUUUCGGUCAUGCUGGGUUUGGGGAAGACAUCGACAUAGAUCUAGAUUUCGCAGUCGCACAGACUGAUGAGGAUAUGGAGCUUGCAGAUUUUGAUCAAGUCCAGGAGAUUCCGAACUUCAAUUCAGACACGAGAGAUGAGCUGAUGGCUGAAGGGGAUGAUGCGUCGUACGGUAUGAUAGACGCCGAUGACAUCGAGAAUAACCAGGUGGCAGCAGCUUCCAACGAUAUCGAGAUCGAUCUUGGUGACCCCGACGAGAAUCUAUGGCAACAGAAUGCUGUCCCUGAAGAGAAUUUUGAGACCAUUGUUGAAAUCGAUAUAGUUGAAAUCACUGACGUCGGUAAUGCCAAUGCCAACACCGACAAUGUUGGUAAUGGCCAAGGUAGCUGGUUAGAAGCAUCAACCUACUCUAUUAGCAAGCCCGAUGAAGCAGAAACCGGUCAGGUUGAUGUUGGCACAAUCGACGCAACAGGCAACAACCUGCUUCCAGAUAAUGAAGCUCUUGUAGGGGACAACGUAGUCUACCAAGACUUUGGAGUGGUUGUGACCGAAGGCGACAAUGUAGAGGCUCUUGAUGUCGGUGAGAAUAACAAUAUCGAAUCGGAAGGCAGAGUGCAGAGUGCGUACGACGAACAGCAAAAUGUAUCUGAUGAUGCUAGCCUCCAAGAGUCCACAAAGGAGCCUGUUGUUGAUGAGCAACACGAGCAACAGGAACAUGAGAAGAAUAAUGAUGCGCACUCAGAUGGACACGCUAGUGAAGGUAACAAUAUCUACGAAACUCACGAAGAUGUCCAGCAUCAAGCUAGCGGCGAUGAUGAAUCUGAAAUUGGAUACGAUAGUGACGAUAACGACGACAACUCCCUUCAGCAUGGAGAACAGCCUUCUACUACUGUAGCAUCUGAUCACGGAUCCGUGGCAGAACAUCCUGCUGAACAAGAGCAGGAGCAGGUAAACCAACAAGAUCCGACCGACCUAGGGGAUACUGAGCAGUUAGGCAGUGACUUGCACGACGAGUCUGCCAAUGACCAUGAAUCUAGUAAUCAAACCUAUGAUAAAGAAGAGACUGGAGCUCCUGAUGUCGAUGAGACGCAAUGUCAGUCGGACAAGCACGAUGCUGAGCCCGAAGACCCCGAGGCAGGCCUUGCUGGCGACCAAGAGAAACCCCCUCGUGCCACUGAAGCCUUUGUAGAACACCCCUUCUCUGUUGCUACGCGCCAUGAGAUGUAUAUCUCGUACGGUAACACGGAUUACAGGCUAUUCGCUAAGUCCGAAGCCGAUGAUCCUAACAAGUACUUUUUGAGUGAUAUGGCAGCGUUAGAGCUUCCCCUCGGCCAACUGUUGUCCAGCCUGCGCGAUGUCAUUUCAGACGAGCUUUCUCCUCUGGAUGAAUUGGUCAUGCACGUAGAUGGCCUGGGACUGGAGUUCUCCGAGUCCUCUACGGCUGAUAUACUUGAAAAGUUCACGUUUGGUGACAUUCUUGGUCUUUAUGAUAGAUUGGUAAAAAAUGACGGGGCAGAACCGUCGCCAGACCUCUACACGUAUCUUAUGGUAAGGCCUAAUUGUAGGCAGCGCUUUAUAGCGCUUCGAGAUAGCGCAGAUUCUGGUCGUGGCCUUUCAGAAAUUGCCAUUUAUCGAGAAGAGACGCCGAUUGAUGGCGAGGAAGCUGGCGAUUUUGACAGUCACUCUCCGUACGCCUUGCCCCCUGGGGAAGAAGAUGAGGCCUAUGACUAUGAAGAAAGUGGUGCCGUGGAAGAUGAAGCCGAUCAAGGUGAAGCAGGCGAGGCCGAAAAUAACGACGAGCCUAAUUCACCCUCAGUACAUGGCUCGGCCAUAGGUACAAACACUGAAGACCCAGCAGGCGAAGCCGAUGCAGCCGACACAGCCGACGAGGCUAAUGAGGCCGACGAGGCCGACGAAGCUGGAGAGAACGCCGAUAAUAAUGCAGACGCGAGUGCCGAUGCGACCACGGCGGACGGCUUGAUCGACUUCUCCGACGACGAACUGGACCUUUCAUCAACGAAGCAGGGUAAUUCUCACACUUCUCUUUUCAACCCCUCGGUCUCCACCGGCUGUACUAGAACUAAAACCUGCAUAUGCGAUGAUUGCUUUGCGGUUGAAAUUAUGGGAAUGGAAGCCGGUUGGCAACUCGACAGCUUGAAAUCAGCCUCAUCCGGUAGUGCCGUCGGAGCUGACCAGCCUUUCGAGUACGAGGAGCUAGGCGAGAGCAAUAUAGACCUGUCGACAAUUUCUCCUACCGAACAGCACUUUUUCAUUCCUGAACUCCGGUCUUUUGAGAAUUUGCAAAUAGUUACUAACAUUCACCAACUUCAAGAUCAACAAGCAAACGGCUCCCCGCACGAUCGUACGAAUGAGAUUCAGAACGAACAUGAUACCGAACGUAGUGAUCCCAACCAGCAUCCGUCACCGAUUAACGGAACAGCCGAUGCCCCCAGCUCCGACAUUACUAGUGCUACUGCCACGCUGAACGGCGACGAUAAAGACGAGAUCGACUACUCGGAUGACGACGGAGAAGAGAUUGUGGGUGGCAACGACGUCACAUCCAACAGUGGUAUCAGCGUGUCGGCAACCCUUAAGGUGCCUAUCAAUGACGAGAUCACAUGGGAGUCAGAAGAUGAGGAUGCUCAGGACGAACCUGUCACAGCCUCCAAGGCAACGGUACAAGUGUCACCGGUAUCUGGAAAGCGCGCUCGGUCAGAUUCUGAUCUAGACGAGGGCGCAACUGAACGUAGCGAUGUCAAGCGUCGUCGUCCGUCAUGA